GUGCGCAUCGCCAGGCACGGCUGCGACGUCACGACACUCUGACGAUGGCCAUCACGACGACGUGGAGCCGCUCUCGCAGCUUGACCCCAUGGCAUCGACCUCGACUUCGACCCCGAAGCAGCAGCAGCGACGACGGCGGCGGCGCACUAUUAGUCGCGACGACGACGACAACAUAUUCUGUCCGUCGUGCGGCCGACGACGUCGCGAGGAGAUCGCAUGGAUGAUCGAGGACCUGGACGCCAUCGAGCCGGCGCCGCUCGAGUCGCAGAGGACGCCGACGAGGAUCUGCAGCUGCGAGGAGGUCGAUGUCACCAGUCGUCACGAGCGCGGCGUUCUAUGGAAGUUCCGCAGCACCGACAUAGACGUGAGAUGGGGCACCAGCAGUAGCCCCUUCUUGUCGCCCGACGACGCGAUUCUGGAUCUGAGGAGGCGCGCCAGCGAGACCACGGAAUUCCGCUGGGAGCUGCACACUUCGAAAACCGAUCUGGAUCUCGUCCGGAGGGUCAAGUGCAGCUGCCACAGCCUGACUCCGGAGAUGAAGAAAUCGGUGGAGUCGGCGACGGCGCAACGAAGCGAUCUCAGGAAGCACCACAGCUUCCAGGAGGUCGACAAGUGGUCGGAGAAUCUGCUGAUGCCGAUACACGACUUGAGGAAGCACAGCAGCGACGACACGAGAUUCGCCAGGGAGGCGAGAUGGCUGCAAGUGCCUGACGUGAUGCGGAACCCGAAACCCAGGUGCACCUGUCCCAAGGUGAAGACCCCGGCACCGGCGUCGCCCGUGGAGCAGAAGAUGCCGACGCCGAAGCCGACGCCAAAGCCAACGCCAAAACCGGCGCAGAAGAAGGAAGAGAAAAGACUGCACUAUUCCAAGUCUCUGGUGCCGGACGAGUCGGCCGUGCCGUGGGAGAAACCGGAGAUAAAGAGACAGGUCAGCGAGGAUCCAAGAGCGGUCAGGAAGGAUAAGAGAGACCGACCGAAGCUGGAACGCUCGGCUCAGGUUAGAAGCGAAAGUUCGAGAAAAUGGGGUAUAAUGUCCUUAAAGGAUAAGGAUAAGGAUAAGGAAAAAGAAAAGGAAAAGGAGAAGCAAAGGGAAAAGGAUAGAGAGAAGGAGAGGCAGAUGGAGAAGAGGGUCUUCAGUCCGUCGGAGAGCAAGAAGCAGAUACGAUCGAGAUGGGCGAUGAAACCCCACGUUUCUCUGCCUGCCGAAAAGAAAGCUCCAAAGUGGUACAGGAGCCAGGACGAGCCAAAGAGCAAGAGUCUGCGCGACCGGCCCAAGUACAGCAUACGCAGGAGCAUGUCGCCGGAACCGGAUCCGCGGCAGAUGAGCAAGCUGGAGAACAGGAUCGUGCGGCGUCUGAUCUCGCCGGAGAUCAGCAUCACCAGCACCAAGUGGGCUCCUUACGAGGAUUCGUCGCCUCUGCCGACUAUCGGAAUGAGGAAGCGCGAGCAGAAGCAUAUCAGCGACAUCGAGUGGACGCCUUACGAGCCCGAGUCGCCGAGCGAGAUCCCAAUCGAGGUGAUCGACGACAAGAAGUGGUCGCCCUUCCACAACGUCACGCCCACCCACUGUCCGCCGCCGGAGCCGGCGACCCCCAGCAAGAGCGACGACGAGGAAUUCCGGUGGCGGAUCCUCAACCAAGUCGCGCCAUUUCCGCUCUACCAAGGCGGUUGGAAAGACGAGUCGCCGGAGAAGACGCCACCCAAAAAGGUCACCACGCCGGACGACCUGUCGUCGCCAGUCUGGUCGCCAAGAGUACCCGAGACACCCCCUGGCAAGCGAAAGAGCAUCGCGCAGUUGAUCGAUCAGUCGCCGGAGUUCUCGCCCGCACCACGCAGGGGUAGCAAGCCCCGGCUAAUCCGUAAAGGCGCGUUUAUACGCAAAGGUGCGAAAUCGCCGGCCCCGACCACGAAUCCUUUAGAGGACAGACUGCCCCAAGCUGAACCACCACCGCCCAAAGCUGCUGCGCCUCCGCCGGCCGUGAUAGUGCGCGCCGCUAGCGAGGACUCCAGACGGCCGAAGCCACAAUUGAUUAGGUCCAAGGCUCUGCUGGAUGUGCCUCACGUGGACGCGAUGAAGAGGUCGCUGAGCGAGGAGGGACCGCGGGUACGUCCCCGCGAACGUCCCAGAGCGCCACCCACGAGGACUCGCAGCGAGGAAGUGUCCAAAUACGACGAUCCUUGGAUCAGAUCGGAUUCGCCCGAGAUGCGCGAGUACGUCACGACUGUGUGACCCUGACUUCCAGGGACCGACGGUGUUGGUCCCGCCCUUCGUUAUCGAACGCGAUUAACGAAGGUAGCUCAUCAGCGUCGAGCGAAGUAGCAACGCAAACGGAGGGUAUCGUGUUGUACAGCUUACGCGAGAGGAAUUAUUAUUUUCUAAUACAUCUAUAUUAUUACCGUGAUUUUAUAAAGUUAUCGAAUAAAAGAGGAGAGGAAGAAAUAAGAUCGAACUAAAAUAUAGAUGACGACCAUUGAAAAAAAAGAGAGAAGCUGUAUUUGGAGAAGAAGAGGCAUCCAAAAGGAGUGCGCUUGACUGUUUUCCCUCGUAAGGGCCUCAACGAAGAGUAUACACAUCUUCGGAACCACCUAAAAGACGAGAGCCAGCGCGGGCCAGAGGAAACGAGAAUGGACAAGAUGAGGGAAGCUUGAAGGCGACGAGAGGGAAGAGAGAAGGACGCUGAAAACACUUCGUUGGCCUACACGAAGACUACGAUGGAAGAAAAUCGAGAAGAGAGAAGAAGCUGAACGAAAUCACAUCGACGAUUCGACGAUAUUAUUCCCAUGAGGAGGAAAUGCUAGAGGAACCGGACUGGGAGUCGAUAUAGGGGUCAAAAGAGGACUGACUAUUAUUUAAAUAGCGUAAUUAAUAAAUGUGAGGUUUUUCUCGUCGCGCUCGUCGAGAAGAGGAGUCCGUCUCUCCUCUUGUGUCGCGCGACGCCUGAAUGUUCUCAGCUCAAGACGAUGAAGAAAUUGCACGAUUGUUAACGUCCGGUGGACGUCGCAAACUUCUUAGAGGGAGGGGGGAAAUGAAAAAGAAAAAUCCGCGGGGUACGCGAGAUGAUGGUUCAAUGUAGUGCGUUGAUUGAUAUAGCUCUAACGUAAUUAGUAUAUAAUACUAACGAUUAAAGUAAUCGAUUAUAGGAAUAAUAACGAUGACAUGAGUCUCUAUAGCGAUUAAAGAGAGAGAAAGAUGCGUCCGAUUGGGAUCGAGCGAGGUCCGCUCGAUUUCGAGGAUGGAAAUGCUAAGUAUAAUUGGCGUGUACGUAUAUUGGUAUGUACGUGUGUACGUACAUAUAUGCGUUAAAUUAAAUGUAAAACAUUUGUAACGUUCACGAGCAACAAAUAUGCAAGAAGAGAGGUUAUUUGCAUAACCCAAAAGAAGGUGUUUCUUCUUUUUUUCUUCUUUCUCUUUUAAGUUAUUUACGUAGCCUAAGAGAAGAACAAGAAGAAGAAGAAGCACCUAAGAAGAAAGGAAAGGGAAAAAGGAAAGAAGAAAUCGCAAAGAUGCGCAAUUUUUGAGCGCAUCGUGAUCGAAGCGAUCAAAAUUGCCUCGUUCCAGGGGUUAAAGCUGAUUCCGAGCUGGAUAUUCGCUCUCGAUCCCAGAGAGUCCCUCCCAAUCCGUAGCUCGACGAGGUUACGCCUUCUCUUUGUUAUUCGUUCUCAUCUUCUUAUUUUUUUUUGUUCUCUUCAUACGUGAUAUCAAGCAAGAUCGUCGCCCGAUUGAAUCAUUUCGGGCGACAAUCCAGCGUGAAUAGGGGAAAAAGAAAUGGAGGAGAACGCAUACUAAAUAUAUGUAUGCGUCCCCAUUGUGUGUGCCGGUGCGUGCAAUAUUAAUUAAGGACAGUCGGUGGACAACCGCGUACGAAUAAAUGGGGUACUAAAAGGUGAAGAUGUAGAAAGCCGAUGAGAGUUAGGUAUCCGUGAAGACGUCUCAAAUUGCGCGGCGAUCAUUUCUCUCUUCGGUGUGUUUUUUUCUUCUUUUUUUCAUUUUUAUCAACUCGCCACGUCGCCGCUCAUAUAAUAUUUUGUUGCUCCCUCUAAGACCCAGGUAGCAAGCGUACGUCAUUUUAACGUUUAAUGGCGUCAGUUUGCUUGGGGAUCCCGGAAGGAUGUCUUCUGAAUGCGUUAAGCAGACGAGUCGUUAAUAGAGGAUGAAGGAGGAGGAAAUGAAGACACAUUAAGGACACGCGUUAAUUGAACUCGAGCGACGACGUUGAUUAAUUGGCGAUUAUAUAUCAAUGGCUGAGAUACGCCGGCUCUCUCUUUCCCUCUCGUGUCGCACGAACUUAAGCUGCCCCUUAGAACCCAUAAUUUUUUUUUUUUUAGGAUAAUUCCCUAAUUAGCAUAAAUCGCUCAUCCGAUGAGAGUCUGUGCGCGGAGUUUCAUACCAAGUGCUUUACUCGCUCUCUCUUUCUCUCUCUCUCUCUCCCUAAAAGUUCCCCUUUCGUUUCCCCUUUUCAUCGAUCUCUAUAACCGAACCACUGAUCGAUGAACAAUUUAGUGAUAUUAUUAUUAGUGAUAUAGAAGUUAUAACUUGAAUACUCGUAGCAAAGUAUAUCCAAAGAGGCAAGAAGAGAGGCUGUUCGUUUACGUCUGCAUUCCGUUAUUCGCAUUCCACCUUCUAAAUGUCACGAGAUCGAGCGAGAUCGUCGGCGAACUUGAACCAGAGGGUUGACACCUCUUCGAGUUUUGACUGGAGAGUCUCCGGAUGAGAGAUGAAGAGUCUUCGUUUGGAGUUUAUAUAAUUAAUUUUUUCGAAAAUAUGAAGCUAUCAUGCGGUAAAACACAACAAAAAAUCUCUUUUCUUUUUUUUUUUUAAUAUCAAUUUCAACUGAAGCACCGAGGUGGCAACCCUAACUUGAACGUGCGUUUUUCUUAAAUGUAAAGAAGAAGAGAGGAAAAUGUAGAAAUAUCAAAGACGCGAAGUGUGUUAAGAAAAAUGCAAAGAUCGCUCAGCGAUGAAACUCGCUUCGACAGAUUAGACGGUAGGGCUUAAGACUGAUCAGACCUUUCGAUAUCUCGCGAUGUUACCGGAUGAUUACGGGAAACUGAAACUUCGUCGGAAAAACGCACAUAUAGGGAGGGACUUGUCAAGUGGAAGAGUACGAAACGCGAUGCAUUCGAGCGAACGCGCGAAAUCGCCGAUUAUAUUACACUCACACUUACACACUUAUUCAUACACUCACACACAUACACACAUUACGCACAUACAUGCAUUAUGCGCUACAUAGUCAUUCGUUUCUUCAUGAGAAUUACAUAUAUAUAUAUAUAUAUACAUAAAAAAUAUAGUUUUCUCCCUCGUAGUGCGUAUAGCAGUUUAUUGCGGUGCGCGUAUACCAUUGUAUGAUAUUAUAUAUAUAUAUAGCAUAAAAAAUGCGCGCACGAAAUUGAAAAAGUCGAAGCGAUGUGCCCACGUGACGUGUCGCGUCAUUCAAGAGCGAUCAGCUGAUUGUCAAACGCGACACGUGACUAACAGCUGUCAAACGCGCGUUCGUUCGAAUAGUAUAAAACGAGAUAAUAACUCUACGAGUCUUUCGCACAUUUUGUGUGCGCAAACACGCUAUACUAUACGGUAUAUAAAAACAAAAUUGUGUAUCCGUGCUGCCAUUAGCAUUAUAAAGCGGGAAACGGAGGUACGCGGUGAUGACGUAUGAGGACAAGCCAAAGUAUAUAGUUGAAAAUAUACACACACGAAUUUAUGUCCACGAAGAGACGACACACUUAUAUAUACGUAUAAGGAGAGAAAGAGAGAGAAAGUGUGUGUGAGAGAAAAAAUAUGAGAGAAAGGGAGAGAGAGAAUGGAAAACACAAGCGCACGCAUACUCGCAUAUACCUUACGCUUAGUUGCGUAAAUCCGUGUAUACAUAAAGAAAAUAGGCAGAGAGCGAGGGCGAAUGAGAGAGAAAAAGAGAAGGGAUGAUUUUACAAAUAUCUUUUUUUAUUUCGACAGUAAGCAAUAGAGAGGAGGGUCGGAUAAUAAGAGGAUUCGAUUGAAAUUAAAUUACGAUUUUUGUAUUUUUUUCACACGAUAUAUUUUCUAUCGAGAACUAUUUUUCAAACCAUCUCUUUUGUGAUCAGAGGAAUCAUCAUCAUCAACGAGAAAGAGAGAAAGAAAGAGAGAGAGAGAGAGAGAGGAUAGAUUUGUUACUGUCGAAACGAAUUUAGCGAAAUUAAAUUAAGGGAAACCACGCGCGCAUGUGGUCCUCUUUAAUAACGCUCAUUUAUAUUUUUCCUUAAUAAGCUUAUAUAUACGGAGUUUCGCGAUUAAGUAUAUAAAUACCACACACACCGAUACCAAUCGAUAAGCAUAUUCUAAUUCCCGGAGUAAAUUAUUCCGUUUCCGCGGCGAGUGAAUAAUAAGUUUUAGGGAUCUUCGUGUUUGAAAUAAUUAAUUAGCAAUUAUCUCUCAUCCUGUGUAUCAUAUAAUCGAGAAAAACUCCUAAGUAGCAAGCGUACGUCAUUUUGACGUCGAAUGACAUCAAUUUGACGUUUAAUGACGUCAGUUUGCUACUUGGAAUAUUUCGCAUUCAUGAGCCAGUACAUAUUUUAGAUUAUGGUAUAAAAGACAAAUAUACAUACACAAACAAGGAAACCUAUAACACGAAUAUAUAAGGAGCGAAUCUGGUUUAAAUAAAGUACUCAUAGAGUUCAUGUAUAUUAUUGUAUUCGAAUUGCGAUCGAAUUUGUUAUCUGAGUUUCCGAGAAAGAAAAAACUGUUGUUACGUUUCUUGCGCUUAUUAUUAGUACUAAUUCCUCUUCUUCUCAACGCAAACGAUAUUAUUAUUAUUAUAUUUAUUACGAUUAUAUUGUAAGUAUAUAUAAUUAACGCUACUCAAUAUUACAUUGUGAUAACGUGAGACUCGUUUCUAGUUCGGCGCUCUUCUAGUCGCAUUAAUUAUUCUAUUCGAUACCCUUCUCCUUUCCGUUUCCCUUUCCUCCCUCCUUUCCUCCCCCCUCUGCCUCUGUCACCGAUUGUAAUAAUAAUGAUCUGUCAAACGAUACAACGCGCGUUUUUUGCGGGAUACGUAGAUCUCGCGUAUUAUAGAGAAAAGGUGCAUCCUCUGUGCAACAAAUACAGUAUACAAUCCGUAAAUAUGAAGGUCAAUGUUGAUUUGUUUAAAUAAAUGUAAGUUUGAAAACCCA